AUUUUGUAACUUCUUACUCAUUCCUGUUACGACUGCUGUUGCUGUAGUUCAUUUCAUCGAAAAAAGCCUCUUCCUCCUCUAGGAUUUGUCUACCGUAAGGAGGCAAAAUGGGGAGACGCCCUGCUAGAUGUUAUCGUUACUGCAAAAACAAGCCUUACCCCAAGUCAAGGUUUUGUCGUGGUGUGCCUGACCCUAAGAUCAGGAUCUUUGAUCUGGGAAAGAAGAAAGCUCGUGUGGAAGAUUUCCCACUCUGCGUUCAUCUUGUCUCUGAUGAAUAUGAACAGCUUUCCUCUGAGGCUCUGGAAGCCGGCCGUAUCUGUGCCAACAAGUACAUGGUCAAGAACUGCGGUAAGGACCAGUUCCACAUCAGGAUGCGACUCCAUCCCUUCCACGUCAUCCGCAUCAACAAGAUGUUGUCCUGCGCUGGAGCUGAUAGGCUCCAGACUGGGAUGAGAGGAGCGUUUGGUAAGCCCCAAGGGACAGUCGCCCGAGUGAGGAUCGGUCAGCCAAUCAUGAGCGUCCGCUCCAGCGACCGUUACAAGGCGUCAGUCAUUGAGGCUCUGCGUCGUGCUAAGUUCAAGUUCCCCGGUCGUCAGAAGAUCUACGUUUCCAAGAAGUGGGGUUUCACCAAGUACGACAGAGAUACGUACGAGCAGCUCAAAGCUGACAACAGACUGGAGAACGACGGCUGCAACGUCAAGUACCGUCCCGAGCACGGAUCUCUGGAAAUUUGGAAGAAGAACCAGCACGAGCUGAUGCCGUGUUAAAUUAUGUCGUUUAUUUUAAUAAACAAAUAAUGUGAAAUUUGUUA